AUGUUUGAGCGAGAAUUUCCUGAUAUCCAGGGCUAUAUGCCUGAGAAAUUUAGCGAAGAUGGCACUGUAAAAUUGCUAAGAUAUGACCUUAGCGUCGGUUUGUAUUUCAAAUCUAAAAAAGCUACCACUCCAAAUCCAUUUUUGGGCGAUAACAAUUUACUUCAUCCUUGCAGGUCUCCAUUUUUAGAAAAUAAUGGUCAUUACUUAUUUGACCUUAAUUAUUACAGUGAAGUAACUCUUAUUGACAAUCCUCCAAGAGUUUGCUUCCAUGAUCCAUCCCAAAAUCCAGGUUUAUCCUUGAAUUUCACUGAUACAGAUAAAUACAAAGAGUUCUUUACCUACAUUUCCUCAGCAAUUACUAUUACUUCCCCAGGAUUACCAGGAUUUUAUUCUGUAAUUCGUUUCGUGCCACCUUUAUCCAGCAACCCAAAGUUCUUUACUCAAAUGGCUUCAAUGAAAAAGCGAUUUUUGCAAGAAGAAGAUAUUUUAGACAUAUGUGGAAUACAAAACGUUAUUAUCCCAAUGAUUACCCAAUUUCAGAAGCCAACGAUCCUUAAAAAGGAAGAAUUCGACGAAUGCAUGAAAAGCAGAGAUCUUUUAGUCGAAACUUUACAACAUCAACUUCUUCCAAUGGAAUUCAAAGCAGAUGCAUGGUGCUUGCUAUCAGGAAUGGGACCAAUCGAAUCUCCAAUACCUUUAGUCCUCGAAUCCUACAGAACUUGCAGAAAUAUUUGGCAAACAAUGACAGAAUCGCAAUUGAGACGUUCUUCGAAGCGCCAAAACGAUAUCGCAAAGAUUACGAACAUUGUACAUGUCAACAGAAAGAAUCUUCUUACUGUUGUUGCUGAUGAAAGUAUUUUGACGAUUACUUUCAACACAUUGAUGUCUCUUUUGAUCCUUUACGAUUUCCUUGGCAACCACAUCGAACAGGUCAUCACAUUAGUCAGAAUUGUUUAUUAUAUUUUUAUUAAGUCCGUAAAAGACGGAAAACUGUACGAAGUGAAGGAAAAUGUCGAAUACGACUCCGAAACAAUGGAAGCAGUUACUUUCUGGUCGCUUAUUUAUCUUUUAGAAAAAUGUGAUAUUAAAAACGUUUUACUUGACUCGGACAACAAGAAAACACGAGAUCUUGAUUACAUUGGUGACCUCUGCUUCCUUAUCCACCCUCAUUUGUUCAAAAUGCUCCAAUCAAAAGGAAUAUCUUCUUUUGCAUCAGUAAAACUCAUCGCUGGACAACUUUAUUCAUCAUUCCUGCCAUUGAACAGCCUCACAGACCUCAUAUUCCACGCAAUUGUCUCUGGAAAUGUUUACAUUUACUCACAAACUCUGUUAUUAGCCGGAGUUUUCUUCAAUUUUCCAAACAUUGACCAGGAAAACCUCUCAAUGAGUCAGCUCUUGGACCAGAUCUUCAAAGUUCUCAAUCCUUCCUUCCUUAUGAACUCUGGCUACCUUUUGAUGCAGAACGUGGCCAAUCUGAUUGUCAAGUACUUCCCUCAACUGGGUUUCAUGCUUACUUGCGAAGAAAAGUUUUGA